GUUCCACUCUCUCCUCUUUUCCAUCGUCAAUACCUCUCUCUAUUUUCUUCACUGCCUUCAUCCUCCUGCUCCUCUCCUCUGUUGCCGCCGCUUUCCUCCUCUUACCCUGCUGCACGCGUUUCGGGCGGUUGGCUCUACCGAGAAGUCUCGGACUUCACCUCAUUGGCGAGACUCGGAUCUGGUCGGAGCUUACAAUACGGAGGAUCCUGGGCCUUAAAUUGAGGAGAAAAUUUCCCAGAAUCGGUUUUAAUGACGCAUAUAUUGGUGAACUGAUGAUUUGCUUAGCUGACCCGGAGUCGAAUCGGUUUCUUAUUCAGAACAAAGAGAAGCUUUUGGAUUGCUCUCAUAUUGUCUCCCUUCAAACGGUACAGAUUCGAUAUUAUAGAAGGAUGGGUGUAUAUCGUCAAAAAAAGGAGGGAUGCAUUGAAUGUGGCGUAGUGGAAAGAGUGGUUCAAUGAUAUUGAUAAGAACGUUACUUAUGUUGAUUGACUGCAAAAGUAAAUCGUUCAGAAGUAAUAGAUUGAACAAUUAUUUUGAACGUUACUUUUAUUAUAUACUUAUGCAAAGAUUGGGACGUCAGUCUUCAUCGAGAUCCAGGUCGUCCAACUUAAACACCGAAAUGCGUAUACGUUCAUCGACAAACUCAACCAUACCUCCACAGAGUGGAGUUUUGGGAUCUCGUCGAAGAAGUUAUGAAAGUCAAGUUCAAUUUGAAGAAUCAUCAUCUUUAACUCAACGCAGGAGGAUAACACCGGCAAGUGGAAAUGUUGGUUCACGUACAAUCUAUCCCGGUGAAGAAAGGUCGUUGAUCUAUCUUCAAAGACCUUGAAUAUGCCAAAAGGGUAAUAAUGUAUUGCUAUGGUCCCUCCUUUGUUUUAUGUUGUUGCAGCAGCAAGUGUUUAUGAUGUUUUAAGGGUUGAUGUCAGUUUACAUUGUGAUAUUGUAAACCUUAUCUGGAAAUCGCUUAAACAAGUAUAUUUGUUUUUCUUC